UGUCCAGCUGUUGCCCCCUCCCAACUCCCAGUACGUGGAUCUAGGACUUAGCCUUAGAUGGGUCCUAACCUCCUGUAAUUGCAUCUCAUACCAGAGUGCAUUUUACAAAUACAAAGUGUCUUCACUGGCCCAGGCUACUGCAUCAAAACUGGAUGCUCAGACCCUCCUUGAAGAGCCCUGCGCGCCAGCUACCAUAGGCAGUGGGUGCUGGUGACUUCAGCAGCACUCUUUUCCAUUCCAAAGAACCAGCUUCCUUGCCUGUGUAUACGACAAUGCCUGGCUUUCUCUGAGCCUCAGCUUCCCCAUGUAUUCCAUAAUGCGAUUUCAUGUAGCCCAGGCCGGCCUCCAACUCAAUAUAUUGGAGAAGAUAACCUUGAACUUCUGAUUCUUCUGUUUCAACCAGUUUUAUGCAGUGCUGGGGAUCAAACCAAGAGUGCAUGUUAGCUGCAGACUCCAGCCUCGGAACCUUCGUGUGUGUAGCGGGCGUUUCUGAACGGUGCUCUUUCUCAGGGACGCCGUCGCCCCUCGCGCCCCUGCGCCCCCCGACCCGCGUCCCCGGCGCCGCCGGCCCGGAGCUGCCCGGAAGCUCGCUCCUACCGCGGCGCUCGUCAGGGCAAGCCCGGGUCCGUCCGGGACCUCGGCCCCGUUCUCCCCCGGACCCGAGAGGCUGCUGCACCGGCUGCCGCUCCAGAUGCUGCUGCUGCCGCCGCGGCCACCCCACCCUCGGUCCUCCUCUCCGGAGGUCAUGGACCCACCGCCCCCCAAGACUCCCCCUUUUCCCAAGGCGGAAGGCCCCUCCUCCACUUCUUCCUCGGUGGCGGGGCCGCGGCCACCGCGGCUGGGCCGCCAUCUGCUCAUCGACGCCAACGGGGUCCCCUACACGUACACGGUGCAGCUGGAGGAGGAACCUCGGGGCCCGCCGCAGCGCGAGGCGACCCCGGGAGAGCCAGGUCCUCGCAAGGGCUAUAGCUGCCCAGAGUGCGCUCGUGUCUUUGCGAGCCCUCUGCGGCUGCAGAGCCACCGUGUGUCGCACUCGGACCUCAAGCCCUUUACUUGUGGUGCUUGUGGCAAAGCUUUCAAGCGAUCCAGCCACCUGUCGCGGCACCGCGCCACCCACCGUGCGCGCGCUGGUCCACCUCACACCUGCCCGCUCUGUCCACGCCGCUUCCAGGACGCCGCGGAGCUGGCGCAGCACGUGCGCCUGCACUGAGCUCAGCCCUGCCCUCUCCGGAUCACCACACAGCGUCACUCCCACACAUACCCCAGUUCUCCUGAGGUUACUGCCUUACCCUAGGCCUCAGUUUCCCCACCCAUCCCCAAGGAGAAAUAUCAUUUUAUAUUUUCUCCCGUCUAGCUGUGUGAUGUAGACCAAAGUUGUUGCCCCUCUGGGCCUGGGUGUCAGUUGGAACUGGGCUUCAGUCCGGCUGUGCUGUGUAAGCCUUUGCAAACGUUACGACCUCUCCUGAGUCUUGGUGGUCUACUCUUCCCAAGUAUAAGGUCUUCGUGGAAGACAAAAACACCGGCACGGUCUGGAUCGCCUCUGUACUUCUAAUGCCCACGAUCCCUUAUUCCUUGCCCAAUAAACAUUCCGCACUUCA